GGUCCAGAGGCCCCGCCCCCUCGGCAGCCCUUGGCGCUCUCAGUCCUCAGCCCUGCGAGCCCGUAAAUCCAAUUCGCUCAUCCCGGGAGGACCCGGGCCUUCCUGUCACCGUUUUUCCAUUCUACCCACAUCUGGGCGAUCCCCCGACUUUCUUCUCCAUGGCGUCGCUUCUGUGCUGUGGGCCCAAACUGGCCGCCUGCGGUAUCGUCCUCAGCGCCUGGGGAGUGAUCAUGUUGAUAAUGCUUGGGAUCUUUUUCAAUGUCCAUUCCGCUGUACUAAUUGAGGACGUCCCCUUCACGGAGAAAGAUUUUGAGAAUGGCCCCAAGAGCAUAUACGACCUUUACGAGCAAGUCAGCUACAACUGUUUCAUCGCCGCGGGCCUUUACCUCCUCCUCGGAGGCUUCUCUUUUUGCCAAGUUCGACUCAAUAAGCGCAAGGAAUACAUGGUGCGCUAGAGCAUGGUCACGUUUUCCCUCUUCAGUCCCUUCCUCUAUUUAAAGACUCCCCACCCUCACUGUCCCUAACCCCAACUCCGCGGGACUGGAUUUCCCUGGCGAGAGACUGAAUCCCUAUUCUCCACUCUGACACCGACCCCGGGAAGGAGGCUGGGGCCUUGUCCGGUACCACAAUAAAGAGAUACUGCUCUCUUAAGUCUUGUGUCAGU